GCCUCACUUCCGUUAGGAGUAGCGCGCGCUGGGGAAUGGAACGUUGUGCUGGUCGCGCUCAGUUCGGUGGUGCUGCUGCUGCGCAGAGAGGAGGCGCGGGAAGGGACGGUCGCUCCUGCUGCUGGUUAGUGCGGGGACCCUGGCUCCCAGCUUCUGAUGCUUCUGCGCCAGGCCACCAUGCACAGGAGACAUCUCCAGGAAAUCCCAGCUUCAGACAGCAAUGUUUCCACAAGCUUCACAUGGUCGUGGGACCCCACCAAGACAUCAGAGCUACUCUCGGGCAUGGGAGUGUCUGUCCUUAAGAAAGAGAAGCUGGGCAGCGAGAACACCCCUCAGGAGCUGCUAGUGUCUCUUUAUCCUCCUCAGAAACGACAGAAAGUGAAAGAGAAGGACAAGGACUUUGUGAUUGCACGCAGGCCUAGGCUGCUCCGAGAGACAGAGUCAGGUAUUUCUUGGGAUGCACUACCAGAUGAAUUACUAUUAGGGAUCUUGGCAUACUUACCCCUAAUUGACCUGCUAAAAGUUUCCCAGAUUUGCAAGAGGUGGCAAUGCCUAGCGUUUGAUGAAUCGCUCUGGCAGACCCUUGAUCUGACUGGUAAAAAUCUGCUGCCAGGAGUGAUUGGGCAGUUGCUCCCUGUGGGUGUAACUGUAUUCCGUUGUCCAAGAUCCUGUAUUGGGAAACCAUUGUUUAAAAACAACCGACCUCUUAGAGUGAAACAUAUGGACUUAUCCAACUGCACAAUAAGUGUUGCAGAUCUCCAUACUAUUCUUUGUCGUUGUGAUAGACUACAGAACCUCAGCUUGGAAGGACUGGUGCUUUCUGAUGAUAUAAUUAGAAGCAUCGCUCAGAAUUCCAGUUUGGUGCGAUUAAAUCUCUCUGGAUGUUCUGAAUUUUCUGCAGAAGCAUUGAUGAUGAUGUUGAUCAGCUGUUCUGGAUUGGAAGAGUUGAACUUGUCCUGGUGUGACUUCACAGCUGAUCACAUUAAAGCAGCAGUCAACCACAUUCCUACAAAUGUAACUCAACUAAAUUUUAGCGGAUACAGACAAAAUCUACAGAUACCAGAUAUUAAGACAUUGGUGACAAGAUGCCCUUAUCUCGUCCAGUUAGAUUUAAGUGACAGUGCAAUGUUGAAGCCUGAAUGUUUUCAAUAUUUUCAUCAGCUCAUCUACCUGCAGCAUUUGUCUCUUAGUAGAUGUUAUCAGAUAUCUCCUGCUGACUUACUGGGACCCCUGCCUCAUUGAGUGCACAGCCUGGAUGAUACUCUGAGCAACUAAUCACUAUUUUGUUUUUUUCUUGCUGUGGCUCUAUGCCUUACUUAUUGCACACCAUUCAAAAAGACUCUGAAUAUAAAAUUCAUUUCCUUAUAGGCUUUUCUAUGAUGUUCAUUACUACAGUAUCUGAAUGCUUCACAAACGUUAAUGAAUUGAUUUGCACAAAACCUCUGAGAUCUGAGGGUAUUAUCCCCAUUUUACAGAUGGACAACUCAGGCAUAGAGAGACAGAUUUAAAGAUAUUUAGCUGUCGAACACUCAUUGAAAAUUUAACUGGGCACCUAAAUAUCUUUAAAAAUCUGUCCCCAAAAAAUUAAGGUCAGAAGUGUCCACUAAUGCGUGUUGGAUUUGAGACACCUAAGACCUGAUUAUUAUUUUUUCUUCAGAGUAGUUAGCAUUAUAUAUCUUUUUACAGUCAUAUACAGUCAUGGUCAAAUUACAGCUCUCAUUGACUUGGUUACAGUUGUGAGUACAUAGCAUUUUUGCAAAGCAGACAACAGUCUCACAUUGGGCACUUAGAAAAUGACACACCGGUGGCCACCUGUGAAAAGUUUGGUUUAAGUGACUUACUCAGCAUCUCAUAGUAACUCUGUUGCAGAGGCAGAGAUAGAAUCCAGUUCUCCAGGGCAGCAUUCAACUGCCUUAACCACGAGACCAUCUUUUCUCUUCUUGCAAUACCCUUCCUCAUUUGCUACACACCUUCAAAAACUUCUGAAGCCACAGCCUCAUUCACUACUCAGCCCUGAUUCAUCCCUCACACCAGGACCAUCCUGUGAACUGAACGGGGCAAGUGUCGUGGAGAAUAGUAGUAUGCAGUCAUCUAAUUAAAGACUGUCAAUGCAUGAAUUAAAGUUGCACAGGCAACCUUAACUUUGGCAUUUCCUAACUUUUGAGUGCUUGAUUUUGCAACCUGAACAUCUUUUAACUUAAACAAAAAACUAAUACAAAAUUAUGGUUGUGUCAAACUGACCAAAAACAAAGAAAGAGGGCCAGAUCCUCAGCUCCUAUAAAUCAGCAUGGUUCUGACAUCAGUGGAAUUAUGCUAGUUCCAUUUACACCUGCUGAGGAUCUGCCCCUAAAGUUUAAAGUUAAUGACAGGUGAAACUUCUUGUUUUUCCCUCUUGUUGCUCUUUAACUCUAACAUUUUGGGUUUUAGUUCAAAUAUAUGAUGUGCCACAUUGGUGUUCUUAAUAAAUAUCAAAGGAAGUUAUGCUAUGUUAAAACUCCAUUUUAAGUCAGAAUCUGUGUAGGCUAGCACAGCUUUGCUGUGUGACCUCGGGCAAAUCAAUUAGUUGUACUUCCCCGUCUGUAAAAUGGGAACAUCUGUCUCAUGGUGGUCCAUGAGGAUUUUUAGCAAAUGGAGCAGUUUAUAAAGGUGCCAAGUGCAGUUUGGCAUCUUACUCUUAUUGACUUUCAGUAGGAGUUAGGUGCCUGUCAUUUAAAAAUCUCCUCCAAAGACGUAUUGAUAUUCUCUGGUGGAAGAUGUUAUAGAAGUGCAAAGAACUUUUGAACAUAACAUUACACUGAUCUGAGAUUCCUUCAGUACUUAUGUGUAAUGGAGAGACUUAAGGAUGACUGGUGAAAUCUUUUACUCUUUCAAAAAGAAAAGGAGUACUUGUGGCACCUUAGAGACUAACGGCUGCUACUCUGAAACCUGUCACUUUACUCCUUGUUUGUUACUGGGUCAGCUAUGUCAAUGUUAGUCACUUUUCUCAGUAGUAGCGAGAAGGGAGUAAGUAUGUGAAAGCUUAUCACAGACUAAUAGCUCUGUAAAUAUUUACAUACUCUUUAAAGGGAUAUUAGGUAGCUGCUCUGAAAGAAUUUUAAAACUCCGAUAAUUUGCUCAGUAGUACAGAGGUACUGCAGCCUCUGAUGUCUAUGAAGGGGCUGUUGAAGUAUAAUAUCCUUAAGGAAAUGAUUCAUUAAGCCAUUUCUAUUUUCUAAACAAGAUAGAUUCCCUUACCUAGGCUCCACAAAAAAUUGUGAAAAACAAUAUUUAGUAAAACAAAGCAUUAAAUGGUUGGAUGCAUAAGAAAUCCAAAUCUGUUACUUUAAUGAUAGUAUAAAACUCGUUGAAACAAUUUAUGUACAAUAAAAUUGUUUGUCAGAGUUUAAAAAAAGAACUUGCAACGGAACUAUAUUGAUUCCUAAACCUAGACUGUUAAAAUAGGAAUUGGAAGACCUUUAACACUGGAAUAGUGAUGCGGCUAUGGGAUAGCUCUGUAGUGUUUGUUCCUUCUGAUGAAUCCAUCUGUCCCUGACUGUACUUGCAAAUACACAUUUAAAUGAUAGCUGGACAAACACAAGGAACUUGGUCUGUAUGACCAGUUCAAACAUCACCACAAAUUCCAUUCUGCUGAUUCCUUGUCCAGACUGUAAUCUCAGCCCGGUUACUGCCACUACCACCUUAUCUGGCCUGUUACCAUAACCCUUCAAUCCAUUCAAAACGCCACCACAAAAGUCACAAACCUUGGCCACUCCAGAGUCUGUUCACUGGUUAUUUCUUGCCCUGUGUUAUCAGGGUUAAGCUCCUUACCCUCUCCACCCUGAGCAUUUUGAUUCUUGUCUACCUCUGUUCUCGCUUGUAAAGGACUUAGCACACCAUUGAUGAUGAUAGAAUAUUCCAUACAGUGAAGAAUAGGUAAUUAGCUAAGAUUAUUAAAAGUAUUUCUAAGGAGACGACUGAUGUGUAGGAUUUACCAUCUGGGCACAAUUUGCUCCACUUAUUCUGAAUGUUGAUUUUAAUAGUCUGUUGCUAUUGCAGACACUAAAUAAACAAACCAACCAUGUCCUGCAAUAACCUAGCAUGUGUGAGGCUCAUUAGUUAUGAAUAAAGUUACUUACAUUUCACUGCAUUUAAAUUCCUAUUUCUCUAUUCAGGCUGGCUUGGCAAUUGAACUUCUUACUGAAUGACCAGAAUAGAGCAUAAAGUUUCAAUUAAGUAUAUUUAAAAUCAGAUUUUUUAGAUAGGAGCAAACAUUUAUCCAAAAACUAUUUUCCAGACUUUCAUGAAAAAAAUAGCAUGCAGUUUGGGUAAAAGGUUUAAGCCAUUUUUGCAGCUCAUUGAUCUGCUUGUUUUGUUUCUCUCCUUCUAGUGAGCUUGGUGAACUUCCCACAUUAAAGACUCUUCAAGCUUUUGGAAUAGUGACUGACAAUUCCCUACAGCUCCUAAAAGAAACACUUCCCCACAUAAAGAUCAAUUGUUCACAUUUUACAACCAUUGCACGGCCAACUGUUGGUAGCAAAAAGAACCAGGAGAUCUGGGGCAUCAAAUGCAGACUGACACUGAGAAAUCCUAGUGGUUUGUGAUGCAGAGUUUGCUGGAUAUUUUCUUUUGUUGGCACCAAGUGUGGUGUGCUUCAUCAAGAAACCCAAACACUGGAGCAUCACUCUAGCUCUUCUUGUAAAAAGUGUUUUAAUGUGGUCUUAUGCUAUAAUUUACUUUCAUAAGUAUAUUUUUAUAUUGUCCUUCUCUUACUGCCUUCAGAAAUGUGUCCCGAAAUCUAAUCAGGUAUGAGUAAUUGUAGGCAUUUUAAGUCAAUCUUGCUUUUAGAAAGAUGUUUGCAAAAGCCAAGUGACUAUUGCAAUUGUGCUAAACAUGAUUAAGUUAGAAAGUUUGGUAAAUAUUGCAGCUGUUCUAGUUAUUUGGCAAUGUGCUUAAUUCUGCAGUCUGUGAUAUUGCUUUAUUUGAACUGUGAGAGUCCAAAGAUGCUUCUGUAAUAUUUUUCUAAAUACAUAGCUUUGAGUAAAGCCCUUGCAAAGUAGAGUGAUGUUCGGUCAUUAAGGAACUGUUUUACUUCAUUACAACUCAGUACGAUCCUGACUGUUUCAGAGUUUAGAGCUCAGAAUGAGUAAGGGCAUUAAGUCUAUUUAGACUCUUAACUGAACAGGAUGGAAUAUUUGGUGCUAUCUACUUUUUGGAGGGACCGGGAAGGAACCAUGGCUUUGGACACUAAAUUCACUGAAACUUAAUGCAAUAGGAGCCGUGGGAAGGGAGAUCCACACAAAAGGAGCUAUGAGGAAGCUGAAUCGGACACUAGUUAUAAGGCAGCAGAACAGAGCUACAGUGCAUUUUUUCCCAUCAAUUACAGAAGUGACCCUCACUGGUUCAAAAUGACUGUGCUGAGUAGUUUAAAACUUGAAACCCCUUUGCAAGUUUUUGAAACCAAGAUCUCACCCGUCAGGGUGAAGUUUUCAUUGGGUAUUGUCUGACUUACAUUCCAGUUCUGUGCUACUUAAUCAGUAUUUAACUUCUUCUGAUUUGUGAUUUCCACAGUUUCUAAAGAUGCAUUAUUAAUGCAAGAAUCUCUUCAUAGGUAAGCUUAGAAUGAUGUUUCUUUUUAUAUAGCCCUGUAUUCACAUCCCUUCAUUGAGACACUGGAGGGCUAAGGAGCAGUAAAGAGGGAAAUACACAGAACUCCAGAGCUCUUCAGGGCAAGGAGAGGAAGGGAUUGCUGGGAUCUAAUGGGUGUCAAGCACUCCACAGUACAGAAGCAGCAGUCUUGUGUGGAGUGCUUGACACCCAUAUAUAGCUAUAGCAAAGGGAGAGAUAAGGGAGUAUGUGGGGACCUAAGUUCUACAAUGCAGAAAAUGUGGCAAACCUUAAGUUCCUGUAUUUUAAAGAAACCCACCAAAAACUUAGCAACUUUGAUGGUAGUUCAACAAAGAAAAAUAUGAAAGUAUAGAAAUGAACAACUAGAUAACUAUUCGAGCCCAUAAGAAGGGAAAGGAUAGAUAUGUGGCUAAGGCACAGGUGUAAGCCUUAGAUCUGCUUCUUUGUGCCUCCGUUCACCAUCUGUAAAAUGGAUGUAGUACAUCCCUACGUUUGAGGUGCUGAGAAUAAGUUUAUUCAUGACUGAGGUGGCUAGACAGAAAGGUGCUCAGGCCAUAAGAUUACCUUCAGAAAAAAUGUAUGUACAGUAGAAGCUCAGUUACAAACUGACUGGUCAACUACACACCUCAUUUGGAACUGCAAGUACACAAUCAGGCAGCAGCAGAGAUGGGAAGAAGAAAAAAAGUACAGUAGUGUGUUAAACAACAAACUACUAAAAUAAAGAGGGAAAGUUUUUAAAAAAGAUUUGAAGUAAGGAAACCUGUGCUUCUAAUUUAAAUUAAAAUGGUUAAAAGUAGCAUUUUUUUUCUUCUGCAUAAUGACGUUUCAAACCUGUAUUAAGUCAAUGUUCAGUUGUAAACUUUUGAAAGAACCACCAUAACGUUUUGUUUAAAGUUAUGAACAUUUCAGAGUUACGAACAACCUCUAUUCCCAAGAUGUUCGUAACUGAGAUUCUACUGUACAACCAUAAAGUAAAAAGAAAAGGAGUACUUGUGGCACCUUAGAGACUAAAAUUUAUUUGAGCAUAAGCUUUCGUGAGCUACAGCUCACUUCAUCGGAUGCAUCCGCUUUACUGUUGUUAGACCAUAACAGUGUGGGGUAGUGUUGGCACUAUUACUUCCAGUCAAACUAUUUCGCCCACUUGACAUCUUGCUUUGAGUUUACUGAGGACAGCCAAGUUACAUAUCUAAGCAGCCCGACAUUUUUGAAAUACCUGCCUGAGUAAGGUCUUCAUAGCAUGGGAUCCUAAAGACUUAAUUUAUAAUUAUAAAGAUAAAGGCAUUAAGGGGUGAAGUGUUCUCUGCAUAACUUCAUACAUUUAAAAAAAAAACUCUUAGGUUCAGCACAGUUGCAUGUGUUUCAUAGUUUAGGAAACUACAACAAAACUAAAAUUGAUAAGUAGUAAAUCUAGAUCAAGUAAAAGUCUUUAAGCUUGGAAUACAGAAGAGUAUUAUAACUUGUAUUUCUCUCCAUAAAUAUUGUACUAGCAAAAGCUACAGCAUUUCACUGUUGUACUCCAAUAAACUAAUUUUUAAAAAAUCAA